AUGGAAGAAAGCAAUCAAGUCACCUUCUCCUGUCUGGCAAACGAUUUUGUCCCCAACAUCUUUGAGUUUAAAUGGCUGAAAAAUGGAAAAGUGGUAAAAAACGCGAGCCUGGAGUUCACCACACCCUCCACGGCCGUGAGCUCCGACGACGGGACCAGGUUUUCAGCCGCGAGUUUCCUGACGCUGCCCAAGGAGACCCUGGUCGACGAUACGAGGAUGACGUGCGAGUUCAGCCUCCAGCGAGGGGCCAAGAAGCAGCAGGUGGAGUCCGUGCUGGAGUACAGGACCAGAGAGUGCAGCACGCAGGAAGGUUUUGACAUGAAAAUCAUCCCGCCCUCUUGGGAAGACUUGUUGCUUAAGCGCAAUGGGGAGGUCCGGUGUGAAGUGACGUUCCCAAAGGCCAGCUUAGUGAGCAGAGAGGUCAAUCUGUCCUGGAGGGAUGAGAAGAUGGGUGUGCUGAUGACCCCCACUGACCCCGGGGCCCAAAUCAAUGGAAAACGCAUCAUUCUCCCUCUGGAUAUCACGUUUGAAGAGUGGAACAGUGGCGUCCGGCGCACCUGUCUGCUGGACCACGGCGAGCUGCUCGAGCCACUCAAAAGAGUCUAUGAGAGGAAGGAUGUGGUCAAGUCUCUGAAACCUCCCUCCAUAUUCAUGCUGCCCCCUUUAAAACAAACUAGGGAGGGCGUUGUGACUCUAACCUGCUACAUAAAAGAUUUCUACCCAAAAGAACUCUACGUGUCGUGGCUGAUUGACGAUAAGGACGCCACACACGACUUCAGAACCACCGGCAGCAUGGAAGCAAAUGGCGCCUUCGAGGCCUACAGCCGCCUGAGCGUGCCCCUGAGCGAGUGGGACGUCCCAGAGCGGGCGUACAGUUGCCUGGUUCACCACGAGUCCGUAGAGCAAAACAAAAGCUACGUCAGGUCCAUCACGCAGAACUCUCCGCAGCAGACAACCAUGGUCAACCUCAACAUGCGGAUCUCGGACCGGUGCAAGGCCCAGUAG